AGGGUCCACUGCAGAAAAUUUACGUACACAUCGACACCGUCCACGUGCGCACCCACUAUCAUCACUUGGAGCGCCCUCAGAUAGAGUCCAAUGAAAUGUCCCCCUAUACCAAGAUCCUGUAGCGGAAAUGUUUCAGGAGGGGUUUUCCCAGCGGCCCGGAUCUCCCCUAAGUUACCCUUGAGGAUGCUCUGUAACCAGCGUCUUCACCAAUACUCCCAUCAUGCCAGUCGCUACCACUAAAGAGCCUUCAAACGGUCUGUUGUGCUUUACCAACUGCCUCCUGCCCCAGGAAGAUGGCAGUCUAAUCGAGAAGGACCUAUGGAUAGACGAACACCGUGGUAUCAUUUUGGAUGCUCAGCGAACCUUCUAUCUGAGGAAACAAAGGCCACACAGGGUUGUCGAUCUAGGCGGAAACAUUCUGAGUCCGGGAUUUAUUGACAUUCAGAUAAACGGAGCCUUCGGCUUUGAUUUCUCUGUAUAUGAGGGCGACGAAAAAUAUCGGAAUGGCCUUAAGUGCGUGGCUGAGAAAAUCGUAGAAACUGGGGUGACUGCCAUCGUGCCAACCAUAAUUACACAAGAGAAGUCGCUCUACGCUAAGAUAUUGAGGCUUCUUCGUCCUUGGUCUCCUCCCAAUGCAGCACAUUUACUGGGUUGGCACGUAGAAGGCCCAUUCCUUCACAUGACUAAACGUGGUGCACAUUCACCUCCGUUGAUCAUUCCAGCCUCGGAAGGUUACAAGACUUUUGAAGCUAUAUAUCAACCGGAAAAUCUCGCUGAUGCAGAGGAUUGGCUAAUGAGAGAUGGCGUCAGUCAGGGGACAGUAGGGGCUCGUAUCAUCACUGCCGCCCCUGAGAUAGAGGGCGUGAUGGACGCCAUCCUAGAAGUUAGUAAAAGGGGGAUAUGCUUCAACAUCGGUCACAGCAUUUGCUCAACGGACGCUGCAACAGCGGCAGUCCAAAAUGGUGCUCGCUGUAUUACCCAUCUGUUCAAUGCUAUGCCGCAGUUGCAUCAUCGUGACCCCUCAAUCAUCGGACUACUUGGAUCUUCUCCCUAUUUGGCCGCAAAGCCAGCUAACUUGCCAUGUUUCACCAGCAAGGCAAAGUCGAGAACAGGAACUUCUACUCCCCUGAAAGCGGUUUCCCCUGGGCCUUACGCCUCUGAAGCAUUUGAUGACAUCCGCUCACCACCGCAGACUCCCAUGGGUAGGGAUUAUCAUUCUCGUAAUCCCUCGGAAGUGCUUUCUUCGUCAAGUACAGUGCCCACGACACCAUCUGAGAGCAGGUUCUCUGGCGGAAGUGAGAGGAUGCCAUUUUCUCCUUUUGAGAGACCAUUCUACGAGUUGAUUGUUGAUGGUGUUCACUCGCAUCCCAACUCUGUCAGGCUUGCUUACUCUGCGCAUCCCGAAGGGUGCAUCUUGAUUACUGAUGCAAUGAAAAUUCUUGAUCCACACCUCAAGGAUGGCUUCCACGAAUGGCGUGACGGGCGGCGAUUCUACAAAGAUGGUGACAGGCUCUAUCUUGAGGGUACGACGACUCUUGCUGGAAGCGUCGUCACCAUGGACAAGUGUGUCCGAAACUUUUCUCGGUUCACCGGGUGCUCCCUCGCGGAAGCCGUCAAGUGUGCGACUCUGAACCCAGCGAAGUGUCUUGGCAUUGAGAACAAAAAAGGCAGUCUCAGGUCAGGGGCACAUGCAGACCUUGUUGUACUCGACCGACAUGGGGAGGUACUUAGUACAUGGGUCAUGGGAAAGAUGGUUUGGGAGAGGAACUAAAGGUAGUUCGCAUGUACUUCCUAGAUGCAGUUAGCGACUUUCC